AUGGCUGCAGCAAGGGAAAUUAAAGAAGCAGAAGCAGCAGCAGCAGCAACUGCUGCUGCUGCUGCCCCUUCAGUACCGCAACAUAACGGAGUCUACGGCACCUCUGCACGCCCCAGUCAUCUCCCGCAGCAGCAGCAGCAGCAGCAGCAAGGCCAAGCUGAGCAGCAGCUCGAGGAUGCGUCUCAUGAUCACCAGCAGCAGGAUGCUAAGCACCAGGAUGCCGAUGCGUUAGGGUUAGAUUGUCUGCCGCGCAUUAUAAUAUAUGUUGUUGGGGCUGGAAGGGGGCCCCUUGUACAGGCAGCCUUGGAUGCUCUCCGUCUGCUGAAUAUCCCUCCUUGCUUCUUCUUUGUUGCUGCUAUAGAGAAGAACCCCCAGGCUUUGUUCGCUCUAAGAGACAGACAAAUCAACGAUGCAUGCAAGGCAUGGAGAUAUGUUGCGGUCAUCCCUGGAGAUAUCAGAGCGCCGUCCACAGCAGCAGCAGCAGCAGCAGCAGCUGUUGCUGGUGCUGCUGCUGAUGGUGGUGGUUGUGGUGGUGAUGCAGUCGGAAAAGGAACACCAAGAUCUGCUGCCGCUGCUGCUGGAGCAGCAGCAGCAGGAAGCGUUCGUUGUGAUAUAAUGGUGUCGGAGUUGUUGGGGUCGUUUGGUGACAAUGAGUUAUCGCCGGAGUGUAUAGACAGGGCACAACAUUUGCUGCUGAAGGAAGAAGGUGUAUCGAUUCCUGCCGCUUAUCUUUCCUCAUUAGAGCCUGUCUCCUGUCCGCUGCUGCAUGCUGCUGCUGCUGCUGCUUAUGCUACACCGCAGCAGCUAGAUGGUAUGUUUGUUGUUAAUCCUCAUGGGGUCUUAAGGCCAUCUGUCGAGGGCCCCAAGACUUGCUUCUGCUAUCAUCACCCUAAUCUGCUGCUGCCUCCGUUUGCUGCUGGUGCUGCAGCAGCAGCAGCACGCAUGCACGCCUUCACGCAGAGCAUCCUAGGAGCUCCUGCAGCAACAGGAGAAGCGGAGACAGCGGCGGCGGCAGCAGCAGCAGCGGAAUGGAAUGGCCUGGAUUUCAGGUCUCCCUUUGGGGUGACAGCAGCUGCAGCAGACACAGCAGCAACAGCAGCAGCGCAUGGAGGCCCUCGUGAUCGCAUGCGUUUACUUGAUUGGAGUUUUAAUUAUGAUUGUAUUAUUCAUGGGUUUUUAGGGUAUUUCUUCUGUUGUCUAUACGGAGAUGUAUUUCUAUCUAUAGACCCCCGCUGCAGCACCAAAGACAUGGUGUCUUGGUUCCCAGCGCUGCUGCUGCUGCGGCAGCCGCUGAUGCUGCAGCGGCAGCAGCAGCUCGUCCUCUCUAUCACCCGCAGAUGUGAUAAUCAUAAGGUCUGGUUCGAGCGCACAAACAGUAGCAGUAGCAGCAGGAAAAGUAGCAGCAGCAACAACAACAACAGCAGCAACAACAGCUACAUUUUAGGACUUGGUGAGCUUGGGCUGCUGCUGCAGCAGCAGCAGCAGCAUCAGUUCGUCAGCAGCAGCAGCAACUGCAGCAGUAGCAGCAGGAGCACCCGCAACAAGGGUACCUGCGAGUGGACCUGCUGCUGCUGCACAGCUUCCGGCAUUGGCGAGAGCAACGCUGUUAACGCCAUCGGAAGAGUAGCAGCAGCAGCAGCAACACGACCAGGCGCAGGGGGAGCAGCAACAGUUGCCCCAGCGGCAGCAUCCGCAGCGUCAGCUGAAGAGGAAUCAGGAACAGCAAUAGCAGCAGUUCUAGCAACAGCAACAGGAGCAGUCUGCAACAGCAGCAACAGCAACAGCAGCAGCAGCAGCAACAACAACAGCAGCAGCAGCAAGAUGGUGGUGUUUGACUUGGAGGGUGUUAGGGUUUAUUUCCCCUAUGAUUUUAUCUACCCUGAGCAAUUUGCAUAUAUCCGCGCUGUUAAGCGCACCGUUCAGAUGCAGGGCCAUGCAGUUCUUGAAAUGCCCACAGGCACCGGAAAGACGGCGGCAAUGAUGUCCAUUCUAACCUCCAUGCAACUCGCGGACCCCUCGAUGGGCCGCAUCAUCUACUGCACCCGAACUGUUGCGGAAAUGGAAAAGGCGCUGCUGGAGUUGAAGAUGGUCAUUGACUAUCGGAUAAAGGAGAUCGAAAAGGAGAAGCAGCAGCAGCACCAGUUGCAGCAACAGCAAGACGAGCAGCAGCAGCAGCAUCAACUGCAGCAGCAGCAGCCACGGGCACCAGUAGAAGCCCCCUUGCUGGGAAGAAAGAUGAGGGAUGCUGGGUAUUUGCUCGGGGUGGGUUUGUCUGCCCGCCGCAGUCUUUGCGCCAACGCCAACGUCCUUCGCUCUGCAGAGAGAGAAAAGAUUGAUGAAGGAUGCCGCAAGAGAACGGCCCCGUGGGUACGUCAAGAAGCAAUUGACCGCCGACAUGCCCGCCAGGCCUUCAGCAGUAGCAGCAGCAACGGCAGCAGCAGCAGCACUAGUGGCGCCGAGGGGGACGGCACACACAAUGGUUCUUCCUCAGCAACGGCAGCGGAAAGCUCUGCAGCAGCAGCAGCAGCAGCAGCAGCAGAAGCACCAGAUAUAGAAGACGUAGGGGCCGGAGAUACGUCGGACGGUCUCUGCGCCUUUUAUGAAAACUUUGAUGAAUAUUUCUCCCCCCAGCACUUCCCAGCAGGUGUAUAUACACUUGAGGAGCUGAAGGCAGCAGCAGUGAGGUGGAGGCAUCCGCUGCUGCAGCGUUCGCUGCCUCUGUGUCCUUACUUCUUGGCGAGGCGUUUGCUGCAGGUCGCCAACGUGGUGGUGUUAAACUACCAAUACCUCAUUGACCCCAAAGUCUCAGAAGCUGCUGUCUUCGGUCCUUCUGGGUCUGAUGGCCCCUUGGGAUCGCAUCAUGGAGGGCCAUACCUUGUGGGGUUUUCCCGCACUGCAGCGCAAGAGCGGGCGUUUCAGAAGCAGCUGCAGCAGCAGAAGCAGCAGGACCCGCAGCAGCAGCAGGAGCAGGAGCAGCAGCAGCAGCAGCAGCAGGAAGACUGGCUGAGCACGGAUAUGGGAGCGUCUGUGGUAGUGUUUGACGAGGCCCACAACAUCGACAACGUCUGCAUCGAGGCGCUGUCUGUACACCUCAAUAAAAAUACCCUGGACCAGGCCCUUCGCAAUCUAACAGAACUAAGCGAGGAUAUCAAAAGGCGCAAAGCACAGGACUCGGAGAGGCUGCGUGCUGAGUACCACCAGCUGCUGCAGGGCAUGCAGCUGCAGCAGCAAAGGCGGCGAGAGCAGCUACAGCAGCAGUCACAGCCAUCGGAGCAACAGCAGCAGCAGUCGCAGCCAACGCAGCAGGUUGUGGUAACAGCUGAGACAUUUCAGGCCCUGGCAAAUCCAGUUUUGCCUUCAGACGUCGUUGAAGAGGUACAGACCUAA